AUGUCAGACCCAAGAGACUCUUUCCCGGCCCACAAGAGGUCUUUGACAGGAUUUACCCCAACGGAGAUAAAGGCAAUCGAUAACUCGAUUCCGAUUAAGGCGCGCGAGGCAUGGCAACGGUUUGGCACCAAGGAGUUCCAGAGCUCCGACGAGCUCGAGGCCCGAAUCAUCGAUCAUGUCGAGACCAGUUUGGCCAGAUCGAUGUACAAUUGUGACGAUCUUGCUGCUUACCAGUCUCUUUCCAGUUCGAUCAGAGACAAGUUGAUCUUGCGGUGGAACAAAACACAGCAAUUGCACACAAUCAAGGAGGUAAAGCGUGUUUAUUACCUGUCGUUGGAAUAUUUAAUGGGCAGAGCGUUGGACAAUGCCAUGAUCAACCUUGACAUUAAGGAUUUGUGCAACAAGUCUACAAACGAGCUUGGAUUUAACUUGGAAGACCUGAUCGAGACCGAGCCCGACGCCGGCUUAGGAAACGGUGGUCUGGGAAGAUUGGCUGCCUGUUUUGUUGAUUCUUUGUCCACAGGUAACUAUCCUGGUUGGGGUUACGGUCUCAGAUACAACUACGGUAUUUUUGCGCAAAAAAUCAUCAACGGGUACCAGGUAGAGACUCCAGAUUACUGGCUCAAGUUUGGAAACCCUUGGGAGAUCCCUAGAACAGAGAUCCAGAUCCCUGUGGACUUUUACGGAUACGUUUCCACCAUCAAGGACGAAAAAACCGGAGCUCUUUCCAAGCAAUGGAAGGGAGGUGAACAGGUUUUGGCUGUUGCGUACGAUUUUCCCGUUCCUGGUUACAGUACCUCGAAUGUGAACAACCUGAGAAUGUGGUCUUCGCAGCCAACGAGAGAAUUCGACUUUCAGAAGUUCAACGAGGGUGAUUACUCAAAUUCCGUCGUCCAGCAGCAGCGUGCCGAAUCCAUUACCGCGGUUUUGUACCCGAACGAUAAUUUUUACCAGGGUAAAGAGCUCAGACUGAAGCAGCAGUACUUCUGGGUUGCAGCCUCUCUACACGACAUUGUGAGACGGUUCAUCAAGACAAAGAAACCGUUCUCGCAAUUCCCAAAUUAUGUUGCUAUCCAGCUGAACGACACUCAUCCAACAAUUGCUGUUGUCGAGCUGCAAAGAAUUCUGGUGGAUUUGCAAAAGGUCGACUGGGAUGAGGCCUGGGAUAUCGUGAUCAAGACAUUCGGAUACACAAACCACACUGUUAUGUCUGAGGCAUUGGAGAAAUGGCCAUUGGAGCUGUUUGCAAACCUGCUACCAAGACACUUGGAAAUUAUCUACGAGGUGAACUUGCGGUUCCUUCAAAAGGUCGAAAAGUUGUUCCCUAACGAGAGAGACCUGCUCACCAGAGUGUCUGUGAUCGAGGAGUCAUCUCCAAAGAAUAUCCAAAUGGCACACCUGGCUAUUAUUGGCUCGCACAAAGUCAAUGGAGUGGCAGAGCUUCACUCCGAGCUGAUUAAGACCACAAUUUUCAAGGACUUUGUCAGAAUUUACGGCGCCGAAAAGUUCACAAACGUCACCAACGGUAUCACUCCUAGAAGAUGGCUGAGACAGGCCAAUCCUAAAUUGAGCGACUUGAUCGCUUCGAAACUUGGAGGAUACGACUAUCUUUUGAAGCUGGAGAAGCUCAAGAACUUGGAAAAGUUCCUGGACGAUACGGAGUUCAAGAAAGAUUGGCUCGAGGUCAAGCGCUACAACAAGGCCAGACUGACAUCACUGGUGAAGACACUGACCGGGAUCGAGAUCAACCCUAACAGUAUGUUUGAUAUUCAGGUGAAGCGGAUUCACGAGUACAAGCGUCAACAGCUCAACAUUUUUGGUGUUAUCUGGAGAUACCUGCAAAUCAAGGCCACUCCGCCCUCCGAAAGAUCAACCAAGUGGGCUCCAAAGGUGUCUUUAAUCGGAGGAAAAGCUGCUCCGGGCUACUGCGCUGCAAAGAAGAUCAUCAAGCUGGUUAAUGCAGUCUCGGACGUGGUGAACAACGAUCCUGAAAUUGGCGAUCUUCUCAAGGUUGUCUUUAUUCCUGACUACAACGUCUCCAAAGCAGAGAUCAUCUGUCCUGCUUCCGACAUCUCUGAGCAUAUUUCCACCGCUGGAACAGAAGCCUCUGGAACAUCCAACAUGAAGUUUGUGCUCAAUGGCGGACUCAUUAUUGGUACCGUUGAUGGAGCCAACGUUGAAAUCACAAGAGAAAUUGGAGAGGACCAGAUCUUCCUAUUUGGUAACCUUUCCGAGGACGUCGACGAGUUGAGACACGAGCACCAGAUGGGUCGCCUGGACAUCCCAGAUGCCUUGAACCAGGUGUUUGAUGCCUUGCAGUCUGGUCUGUUUGGUAUCUACGACGAGUACAAAUCGCUGGUGGAUAACAUCAAGUACCACGGCGACUACUACUUGGUGAGCGACGACUUUGAAAGCUACUUGGAAGCACAGAGCACAAUCGAUCAAGAGUAUAGGGAUAAGGACAACUGGGUGCGGAAGUCGAUCAUCUCGGUUGCCAACAUGGGCUUCUUCUCCAGUGACAGAUGUCUGACCGAAGUCGCCCCAGACACCAGAGUCCACCAGUUCUUUUUUAAAUUGGAACAUGAUAUCGUUUUCGGUACCUUUUGCGCCCUCGUGGUCUUUGUACCAUCCGGGAAGCGCGCUGUAGGUGUUGACAAAGGUGACAAACUCGUCCAGAGUGAAGUCUUUCUGAAGGAGGAGAAUUGGAGUGUUGUCGAGUUGGCCGGUCUUUGCUGCUUCUUCUCUUUUGGUAGCAGAGAGUGUAGCCUGUUCGAAUUUCACCAACUCCACAUUCUCGAACCUCUGGUCCUUUUCAAGCAAGUCGGUGGUGUCCUUGAGCCACGCGUAGUACCGUUCCUUGCCCUUGUCCCAGUACGGCUUCAUGUAGUCUGGAUCGUAUCUGGUGUAUUUGAGAUAAAUAUCGUUCAGGAGCUGGUGCUGGAAAACGGGCUCUACGUACAGCCAAAAUGCCAAUGUUCCGUUGACAGAGAGAACUCUUGCAGACUCGUCCAGAAACCCGGCAGGAUCCAUCCAAUGGACGCACUCGGCAGCGGUGAGCAGAUCAAUCGAGCCGGACUGGAUCAUGUUCAAGUCUUCUGCUUUUCCGACCUGGAACUCGAUCUUGCGGCCGUCGAGCAUGGACUUGCACUUGGAAAUCAUGCCGUCGCUUGGAUCGACGCCAAUUGA